UCCCCUUUACUACUCCCUCCUUCUUUUUCUUCAUUUUGUUUUCUGAUAACCUUCCCGUGCACUUCCAUCCCGAGAUAUAAGACCAACAGUUCUUUCUCAGCACACGACCAGUCAUCUGCGCAUCAUGAAGCUCUUUUCCAUGGCAUGGCUCCCUCUGCUGCUAGCUGGAGGCAUAGCUGGCGUCUCCUCCUCCCCUGCAGGGAUACAUGUCAGGAAGGCACCGCACUCCACCGCAGUAUCAUGUCCAGUAGCAAACGACAUCUACCCAUGUGUGUGCACCGCUACCCCGGAUGGUUUCUCUCUGGACAUGGAUUGCUCAGACGUCAUUGACGAAGCUGAACUGGAGGAAGUGUUCAAGGCCAACUUCCCAACCUCGUCUUUCCGGAGGCUUACAAUAUACCAGAACAAAAAUCUUCGGGUUUUGAGGGACGGAGCCUUUGGAAACACCAGCUUCGAGGAGAUAUGGAUCACCGAUGGCGUCCUGACGGAGGUUCAGGAGGCGGCCCUCUCCGGAAGUGCCUUGAGAGCCCUCACUUUGGUAUUCAACAUGAACAACUUGUCCAUCUUCCCUUUCACCACCCUCAUCUCCUUCUCGAGGCUCCUGUCUCUGGACCUUCGAUCAAACAAUCUGCAAGUGUUUCCAAGGAUCAUUUCCGGGUCCCUCCAGGUCCUAUACCUUUCCCUCAACCCUCUUGGGGACCUUCCCGUCGACGCCUUUGAGGGCACGCCGUCCCUCAUUGACCUCCACCUGUCCAGCACUGAACUCACAGAAAUCCUCCCAGGCACCCUCGACGGACUCACCAACCUGCGCAUCGUGGAUCUGGGCAGCAAUCGUUUACAGGAACUCGCGACGAACUCUGUCCAGUGCAACAGCAACACGGGUUUGGUUGAUUUGGGCUAUAACCAGAUCCGAACCGUGCAACCCAACGCCUUUCCGGAUCUCGUGGGCGGUUGGCUCUACAUCCACCACAACCUCCUCACCACGCUGGAGGAGGAGGUGUGGAGGCCGCUGGUGGAGAACGACGGCUACAUCGACCCCUACGGUAACCCGCUCCUGUGCGGGUGUGACAUAGCGUGGCUGGUACGCAACGGCACCUUACUGGAGGCUGUGGACGUGUAUACGACGUGUGCUGAUGGCAGGGUGUUGGCAAGCCUCGACCCUGCUGACUACGACCACUGCUGAGUCCCGUCCGUCCACUUCUUGUGUUUGCCUGUCUCCCUUCUUCCCCUUUCUCCCUGACAAGGCAAUCUCCAACAAUAAAGUGACGAGCAGGACCUUCACUUCUGGUAUUGAACGAAAUUAUGUAAGGUGAAGCAUUUUUUAGUAUAAUUUACUUUGAUGUCGACUGGUGACGGGCAAGGCAUAAUAAUUUCUGUCGUCAAUAGACCUAUAAACUAAA